CCAGCUGCAUCCAUCACUAGCCUUAGCAGCCCAGGGGAAGAGGGGGACUCAUUCUAUCCAAAAAGCUGAAACUCUCCAAUCUGCCACCGUGGACUCUGCAGAGGAAUCAGCUGUUGGUAUAUACGCCAUGAGUACCCUGAAAAACGACAAUGAGCACAACAAUAACAUAGAAGAAGAGGUACGAACGCUAUUCGUCAGUGGUCUCCCGAUUGACAUCAAACCUAGAGAACUAUACUUGCUUUUCCGACCAUUCAAAGGUUAUGAAGGAUCCCUGAUCAAGCUAACCUCAAAGCAGCCUGUUGGCUUUGUCACAUUUGAUAACAGGGCUGGGGCUGAAGCAGCAAAGAAUGCAUUGAAUGGCAUUCGGUUUGACCCAGAGAACCCACAAACUUUACGGCUAGAGUUUGCCAAGGCUAACACAAAGAUGGCAAAGAACAAACUAAUGGCUACCCCAAACCCCACAAACCUCCACCCUGCACUUGGAGCACACUUCAUUGCACGAGAUCCAUAUGACCUAACAGGGGCUGCACUAAUCCCAGCGUCUCCAGAGGCCUGGGCUCCAUACCCACUCUACACAACAGAGUUGACACCAGCAAUACCCCAUGCUGCCUUUACAUACCCUGCCGCGGCAGCUGCAGCCGCUGCACUUCAUGCACAGAUGCGCUGGUAUCCUCCCUCUGAAGCCACCCAGCAAGGAUGGAAAUCUCGCCAGUUCUGCUAAAAGCUAUUUAAUUUCUUCAACUUUGGCUCUCCAUGAAGUGAUGUACCUGGGCAUGAUCUGGCUGUGUCAUUAAAUUAUAUCCUCUUUCCAGAUGCCUCCAAAUGUUUGGACAACUCAUCCAUCAUGGAGCCUUUAUAACACUGCUUUCAGUACAGACCUCUGCUGUCUACAGAAUAAACACUGGUUACUCCUUCAAACCAGGGUCUAACUGCAGAGGCCCAUUUAUGUGACCUCAAACAUUGGGUUGAAGAAGGCAUGGUUGUUAGAGUGAAAGACUGUUAAAGUAAUUUCUGUAAUGGGAAGGUUUUUUCUUUUGCAUGUUGCUUCUCUGGCAUGAAUUAACGAUAUUGGUGUGUACUUGUUAAAUCUACUGCUUGUGUAACAAUUGCCGCAAGUCUCUAUAGAAUCCCUUUUGGAUUAUUUAUCAUGCUUCUGUGAAGGCUUAGCUCAAUGCUCCCAUUCCCCUUUAAGUUAAAGUGCACUGUUCUUUGGUCGCUAACUUACACCUUCAGUUUUUUUAUUUUUUUGCAUCUUUAUCGGAGAGUUUGUUCUUGCCAAAUAUAAUGUAACCUUAUGGGGAAACAGAGCAAAAGUACCAGUAUUUUUGUAACUUGUUUAAUAAGGAAAUAUUUAUGCAUUUAAGUGUUUUUUCUUUUUUGUGUGAUUAUUAAAAAGAAUAUAUUCUGUCAUAAGUUAAUGUUCGGUUAAAAGUGUGGAGGUUCAGUAUAGCUUGUUUACUGUACUUGAACAAUGGUGCAAUUUUUGUUGCAGUCUACUGCUUAAUAUUGAUAUUUCAGUAUUAAAGGAAUCUUGCUUGUCUGGAGGUUAAACUUCUCCACUGCUGAUCCUAUGAAAAUGUGAUACUGGAUACAAAUAUAUAAAUAUAAAAAAUAAA